AUGAUAGCCAACAGUACGAAUAUAAUGCCCCCAAGUUUUUCCACAGCAUCGCUUUAUGUUGGUGAUUUGAGCGAAGAUGUAACUGAAGCAGUUUUAUAUGAAAUAUUUAACACCGUUGGGCAUGUGUUAUCUAUAAGAGUUUGUAGAGAUAGUGUAACAAGAAAGUCUUUAGGAUAUGCAUAUGUAAACUAUCAUAAUUUAGCAGAUGCAGAAAGAGCAUUAGAUACUUUAAAUUAUACAAAUAUAAAAGGACAACCAGCUAGAUUAAUGUGGAGUCAUAGAGAUCCAUCAUUACGUAAAAGUGGGACUGGAAAUAUAUUUGUAAAAAAUUUAGAUAAAACUAUAGAUAAUAAAGCUUUAUUUGACACAUUUAGUAUGUUUGGUAAUAUAUUAUCAUGUAAAGUUGCAACAGAUGAAUUUGGAAAAAGUAAAAAUUAUGGUUUUGUACAUUAUGAAGAUGAAGAAAGUGCAAAAGAAGCUAUUGAAAAAGUUAAUGGAAUGCAAUUAGGAUCAAAAAAUGUAUAUGUAGGUCAUUUUAUUAAAAAAUCAGAAAGAGCUACUAAUGAUACAAAAUUUACAAACUUAUAUGUAAAAAAUUUUCCUGACACUGUAACUGAAGAACAUCUAAAACAAUUAUUUAGUCCCUAUGGUGAAAUAACAUCUAUGAUAGUAAAAUCAGACAAUAAAAAUCGAAAGUUUUGCUUUAUUAAUUAUUCUGAUGCAGAUAGUGCAAGAAAUGCUAUGGAAAAUUUAAAUGGAAAAAAAAUUACAGAGGAUGGAAAAAUAGAUCAUAAUUAUGAUCCUACAAAAGAGGAGGCUGAAAAAGCAGCAAAUGAAAACUCUAAUAAUACUACAUCUGAUGAAAAUGCUACAACAUCUGAAGCAACAGCAGAAAAAAAAACAGACUCUGAAUCAGCUACUAAUAAAGAUGCAGCAACAAAAGAAGAUCAAACAAGUGCAAAUGGAACAACUACCACUGUCACAUCUACAACAGAUGCAGAUGCAAAAACUGAUAAAGCAACUAAUGAUAGUACUGCUGAAAAAAAAGAUAGCAAAAAAUCUGGAGAAAGCACUGAAACACCAAACAUAUUAUAUGUAGGUCCUCAUCAAUCUAGAGCAAGAAGACAUGCACUCCUAAAAGCAAAAUUUGAUACAUUAAAUACUGAAAGUCGAAAUAAACAUCCAGGUGUUAAUUUAUAUAUAAAAAAUUUAGAUGAUUCUAUGAAUGAUCAAACACUUAAAGAAUUAUUUGAACCAUAUGGAACUAUUACAUCUGCAAAAGUUAUGAAAGAUGAUAAAGAUCAAAGCAAAGGAUUUGGAUUUGUAUGUUUUGGAACCCAUGAAGAAGCAAAUAAAGCAGUAACAGAAAUGCAUUUAAAAAUAAUAAAUGGAAAACCAUUAUAUGUAGGAUUAGCUGAAAAAAGAGAACAAAGAUUAACAAGAUUACAACAAAGAUUUCGUAUGCAUCCAAUAAGACAUCAUAUUAAUAAUUCAUUGAAUUCUCCAAUGCAAUAUCCAAAUAGUCAAACACCACAAUUACAAUUUAAUCAAAAUGCAUUGAGUUAUGGUCGACCUGUAAUUACAACUUUUAAUCAAAAUAAUUUAAUAUCAUGGAGACACCAACAAGCAGCAGCCCAACAACAAGCAGUACAUCAACAAGCUGCUGCACAACAACAAUUGGGUUUUAAUGCAGGUUUAAGAGGACAAAUAAAUCAAAUGCGAUUGUAUACACAAAAUAAUAUGAUGAAUCAUAAUAUGGGUCAAAAUAAAGCUAAUCAGCAAUUACAUCAUAAUCAACAAUACCCUAUGGGACCAAAUCCUCAACAUCAACAAGGAAAUUUGAAUGCACCAGGACAAGCCAAUCCUCAACAAUUACAAGGAGCAGCACCAGUUCCAGCUAACCAAUUAUUAAAUAAUAACAUGAGAAACAUGAAUGGUAGAGGAAAUAGAAAUUUACCAGGUAUGAAUAUGCAAUCACCAAAACAAAUGCCUUUAAAUAUGGUAGGAGGAAAACAAAACAACCCUCAACAAAAUCAAGCACAAGGACCACCUCAAGGACAACCACAAGGUCAAACACCACCAUCACAACAAAAAGCUGGUCAACCAAUGCAACAACAACCAAUCCCACAAAAUAACAACUUUAAAUUUACAUCUCAAGCUAGAAAUCGUAUGGAACUACCAAAUAAAAAUGCAAAUAAAGUAAAUAAUAUGAAUAAUAUGACUCCAGGAUAUAAUAAUAAUACUACAUUAACUGCUGCAGCAUUAGCAUCUGCUCCACCUUCAAUGCAAAAACAAGUACUUGGUGAAAAUUUAUUCCCAUUAGUUGCUAACUAUCAUCCUACAUUAGCUGGAAAAAUUACUGGUAUGAUGCUUGAAAUGGAUAAUUCAGAAUUAUUAAUUUUAUUAGAAAAUGAAGAUCAACUUAAAAAGAAAAUUGAUGAGGCCCUUGCAGUUUUGCAAAAUGCCAAAUAA